AUGUACUUUAGAUUUGGUUGUCCAAAGCUGCUGGCAAACAGCACAUCGUCGCCACCUCCUCCAAUACAGCAGGCCAACGAAAAGUUGGAAGUUGCAUGUGUUUACUCUCCAGCUAUUUCUGAGCUCAUGCGAAGCAUCCGUGCUCACAUCGAUUCAUUGCUAUGCGAGCACAAAGCAGAAUUAAGUGCCAUGAAUCUAACCGUAGCACAUUCUCUUGCUGUUUCGCUUUCGUACGACUUAGAUAAAGAGUUUAAUAAUCACGUGGAGAUGUCGUGGGUAGGCUGGCACUUUCCCGAAGUCGACAAACUUGUGCAGGAUCAUCAAGCUUUUGCAAAGGUUGUCAAAGCCAUUGGCAUGAAGCAAAAUGCAGCCAAUGUUGAUCUUUCCGAAAUUCUACAAAAGCAACUUGAAACAAAGGGUGACUGCCCUACCCCUAAUUUGACAUGCUUUGGUGAGCUUGUUGGUGCUCGACUGAUCUCACAUGCUGGAUCUCUCGUUUCAUUGGCCAAAGCAGCUUCUACAAUACAGAUUCUUGGUGAUGAGAGGGCUUUGUUCCGUGCUUUGAAGACCAAGAAAAACACUCCUAAAUAUGGACUCAUCUAUCAUGCACAACUUAUCACGCAGGCUCCUGCAAAACUCAAGGGAAAGGACAUGUCCAUACAUUGGUUUCUUGGUGGCACGGUUUGUGAAGUUGGCGCCGAUAAUUUUGGCACACCCUAUAUAGAAAAUAUCGUAAUUGCUCCCACUGGCUAA